UAACACUGAAUUUGGGAAGGAAACGAAGAAAUUUCUCUCCUACCUUUUUACCUUCCAUGGCUAUUUAUAGUCCCAUAUUCUUCUCCUGCUAAGAUCCCAUUUACAAACUUCCCUUUUCGAGAGAGAAACAAACAAACACAAACAACUUUUCUUUUCUGGCAGCAAUGAAGAGAGAAAUUCUUUGAUUACACUCUUGUUCCAUUAGGUCUUGGUUUAAUGGUUUCUUAUCAUGUUUGGCUUCUUUAUCGAAUCAUAACACAACCUACAAAAACAGUAAUCGGUGUUAACGCCAUCAAUCGAAGAAUUUGGGUCAAGACCAUGAUGGAGGAUACAUCAAAGAAUGGUGUUCUUGCUGUCCAAACAUUGAGAAACAAUAUAAUGGCAUCAACACUAUUAGCAUCAACAGCUAUUAUGUUAAGUUCACUGAUAGCAGUACUGAUGACUAACAAGAACAGCAACCAAUCUUCAGAUUUUAUCUUUGGUGAUAGUAGUCCAUUAGGGUUUUCCAUAAAGUUCUUUUCGAUCUUAUUGUGCUUCUUGUUGGCAUUUUUGUUUAAUGUCCAAUCAAUACGGUAUUACAGUCAUGCAAGUAUUUUAAUCAAUGUGCCACUUACGAAGAUGAGUGCUAAUUCAACACAUUUAACGCCUAAUUAUGUGGGUAGAGCUUUGAACAAGGGGAGUUAUUUCUGGUCAUUGGGUUUAAGAGCAUUUUAUUUUUCUUUUCCACUGUUUUUGUGGAUUUUUGGUCCUAUUCCUUUGUUUUGUUGUAGUCUUUUCCUGGUUUUUAUGCUCUAUUUUCUUGAUAUCACUUUUGAGUUUGGGUUGGGUGUUAGUAAUGUUGAAGAUGAAGAAGAAGAAGCUGUAUGAGAGAAACAAAAGAGAAGUAGAGCAUUUGGGUCAUUAUCCAUGGUAGAGCAGUGGGUUUUGUGACACUUGGCUAAACAAUAGAGAGAACAAUGAAGAUUCAACCCAAGUUGAAUCAAGAUUUAUUUUGUUUUCUUUCUUUUUUGUGUAGAAUUUUAGUAUUGAUUCAGUAGAAAUCUGGUUCCAAGGAAUAUGAGUUGUUUUUUCUUUAUGAUCUUGUUUGGUGGAUGAUUAAUAUUUACAUGGUUUUCUGAAGAAAUGUUGUUGAAACUUGAUAUUGGUAGUGGACU